UGACCAAAGACAAGAAAAGAGACACUCCUCAAGUAGAUUGUGCUUCCUUGGGGGGAAAAAUACCUCUUUCUUCUCCACUAGUGUAUUGCUCCUGUCUUAUUGGGCAUCAGUAUACAAUUCUUAUUGUAAAGGACUUUUAAAAACUUUUUAAAAAACUGAAACCAGUGGCUUAACAAUGAAACGGAAUAUUGCAAUCUUUUUUGGAGCUCUUUUUGGUGCUCUAGGAGUUUUGCUUUUUUUGGUGGCUUUUGGUUCAGAUUAUUGGCUGCUUGUGACUGAAGUUGGGAAAUGUUCAGGUGAACAUAAUAUAGAGAAUGUCACUUUCCACCAUGAAGGUUUCUUUUGGAGAUGUUGGUUUAGUGGUGUUGCUGAGGAAAACACAGCCAACAUUUGGAAAUUCUGGUACACCAAUCAGUCACCAUCUAAGAACUGUACACAUGCUUACCUCUCCCCAUAUCCCUUCUUGAGAGAUGAACACAAUUCGACCUCCUAUGACUCUGCUGUCAUUUAUCGUGGUUUCUGGGCAGUGUUCCUUCUCUUGGGUGUCGUGGCUGCAAUAAUUGCCACCUUCUUCAUCAUCUGCGCUGCUCCCUUUGCCAGCCAUAUUCUGUUUAAAGCAGCAGGAGGAACCUUUAUCGCUGCUGGUAUCCUGUUCUCCCUGGUGGUGGUGUUAUAUGUCAUCUGGGUCCAGGCUGUGGCAGACAUGGAAAGCUACACGAACAUGAAGAGGAAAGAUUGCUCAGAAUUUACACCCUAUGUGGUGUAUGGCUGGUCAUUUCUGCUGGCCCCAGCCGGGAUCUUUUUCUCUCUGUUGUCUGGAUUACUGUUCCUCCUUGUGGGGAGACAUAUUCACAUACACUCCUAGUCAUCUUUCUGCCACCAAUGGGGAAUAUCACAAUUUUGUUGAAAUGUUUUAAGUGGAAUGUAAUCUUUACAUGGUGUUUCAAUUAUCCCAGUGUACAGUUGUUUGGUGUAACUCUAGAGGUGUUUUAAAUGAAUCAUUUUAUUUGUAAUUUCCUUCUGACAAGAAGGCACCCAGAUCCCUCCUGAAAGUAAAAACCUCUCAAUCUUAUCCAGAUACAAUUAUGGAUUUUCAGUUAUUUUAGAAACCUUCUCUCUUGUGGGUCUCUCUUUUUUUUUUUAAAUAGCACUGGGAGAGUGUUAGGUCUCAUGUCAAUUCUGGGGAACUGAUAACAACCAAACAUCACAUGGGUCAAAUAAGGAUUUUUUGUUGUUGUUUAAACUGCCUCUUGGCAUUAGCUUUUUUUUUUUGCUGUUAGAAAAGAAAAAGGUCUUUGGAGAAUGCUUAAGAAUGGCAAACAAAUGUUGAUAGAGUAACUCAAUCCUUCUCCCCCAACACAGGCAUACAUAUCUGCAUACACGCUCAUUGGAUCCAAUGAACAAAUUCUUUAUUGUUUAAAAAUAGACACCAGUUGUUCCUAAUGUACUGGCCAUAAAAAUUCAUCAGUAAAAUGUAACAGGAAGCAGGGACAGUGCUAAUGUGUACAUAUACCGCUUGGAAUGGAUACAUAUUAAUUUUUAUAAACCUCAUUAUCUUCAUUCAAAUUUUGCAUGUUUAUGUAAAUGUUAAUAUAUACUAAGAGAUGGUAAAGACAGAUACCAAAGUUAAUGUACCUAAUGUUGAAUGAAUUAAAAAAAAAACUAGUACUGAAUCAAAUCAAUAAAAUAUUCCAUGUAAAGAAGUUGAAAAUUUCAUGGAAGUCAAAAGCCUUAGCUUGAGGUAUAAUUCUAUCUAAUAUUUUAAAAUUUCCAUUUUAAAAGUAUAUUGCUCUGAUGAUUCUCAGUGUGAAAGAUUUAUUUAAGGGAAUAUGCUUUUAAUAUUCAAAAGCCAUAAACAUUCAAAAUAACUCUAUCUGAGUAUCAUACCAGGGUUGCUUUGUUAAAUCAGGUAAUAAAUUAACUUUCCUAACUCUCCUUAUGUGCCCUUGAACUCUUUCACAGCACUGGGAAUCCUUUAAUUAUUGUACUUCAGUUUCUCUGUCUGGAAAAUGGACCUUUUAACAUUUUCAUGUUUUUAAUCACCUUUGACACCCCGAGGGGGAAAGGGCCCUCUGGGAAAGUAAGUCUGUGAUUUAGCAGCCUGGGCGUUUCUAAUAUCCAAGAGAUUAGUUUCAUUUGGCCCCAGUUUGGAUGAAAAUCAAAUCCAUCUGAGAUGCAUAGGUAUCAUUUGCAUAUGGAAAGCCACCAUCAAGUAGUUUGGUAUUAGAGUAGGGAAAACAGAGACAGACUGUUGGCUUUGUUCAAUUCAAAGUACUUCAUUCCACAGCUGUUAUAAAUACUGAAGGCAUUGCUAAGAGACAAGGGAAGAGUGACCACCUAGAAGAUGCAGUGGGAUAGAUUGAAGGUUGCUUCCCAUCCAACUGCCUUUGUAAUUGAAAGACUGCCAGGGUCUUCUCUGCUAUUCAUUUACUUUUCCAUUAAGGCCUAUUUCUGCAGUUCAGUGUGAAAAGGGUAGGGAAGAAUAACAAGAGUUUGAGAUAGCAAGCAGAUCACGAGAGCAUUUUAGUGACAGCUAAGGGCAUGCCCACAAUCAAAGAAGUCUCAGUGGCUUAAAAGGUCUCUCAAGUCAUUUCAAUUAUGUUGAUAAAAAAAUUUUUUUUUGGUUGUUGAGAGUUCUGGGUUUUUUCUUUUAAUUUUCUUACUGUUUUAUUUCCUUCUUGACUUUUGACAUGGUUAUUAGAAAAUUAAUUAUAGGUUCUGCUAUACAUAUUGACUGCAAUAUUAAGUUACGGCAUGCUAUUAAGUCUUCCAGACGAAGCUAGAUGCAUUUGAUUAGGAUACGUCAUCUGUAAAUACAAUUUCUUUUUGUAGAACUCUGGAAUCUAGCCUUUCUCUGAUGUAGUGUAUGUCAUUUAAAUCUCAUCUACAAUCUGCUUUUAGUAAAGGUUUGAAUAUUUAUAACUUU